AUGUUUGAUAACCAAAUUUCCCCAAAAGAAAGCGAAGAAAGCCGAAGUGAACACUACUCUUCUGAUAUCCAUACUAAUGGUAAAGAUGAGAAUAUUCACUUACAAGCUGAUGGCCAACUUCAUCGCCAUGUGCAGCUUUCGUGGGAAGAUGUAAACUAUUAUGCAUCUGUUGAUGGUAAAAGAAUGCAUAUAUUGAAAGGCGUCUCUGGACAUGCAAAUCCUGGAGAGUUUCUGGCUAUUAUGGGUGCAUCAGGCUCAGGCAAAACUUCACUUUUGAAUAUUUUGGCAAAUCGAGCUAGAAGCGGAAAUAAAGCAGAAAUGACUGGGACUAUUUUCGCUAAUGGUAAAGAUGCCAAAGAAUUCAAUAUAAGUAAGUAUGCGGCCUAUGUAACCCAAGACGAUGUUUUACUCCCAGUUUUGACUCCAAGAGAUUGCUUAAUGUUUUAUGCCAAGCUAAGAUGCCCUGGAACAGAUAAAGAAAGACAUGCUAAGGUCGAAGAAAUUCUGAAUGACCUUAAUAUUGCAAGAAUUGCUGAAAAUCUGAUAGGCAAUGCAAUGAUUAAAGGAAUUUCUGGUGGAGAAAAAAAGAGGGUUUGCAUAGGAAUCGAGCUUAUGUCUGAUCCUUGCAUUAUUAUGUUAGACGAACCGACUUCGGGUCUAGACAGUUAUAAUGCAGGAGUUGUAGUCGAUUUACUGUUAAAGCAAGCUGCUAAAGGCAGAACAAUUAUAUCCACAAUCCACCAGCCAAGUUCCAAUGUCUUUAAAAAAUUCGAUAAACUGUUUCUUCUUGCUGAAGGAAACGUAGUUUAUCAUGGUCCAUGUGAUAAAUCAAGAAAAUAUUUUGCAGAGCUCGGAUACAAAUGCCCAAAACAAGUAAAUCCAGCCGAUUACUAUAUGAGAAUGCUCCAUAUAACAAAUAGACACGAGAUUACUGAAGAGGAGCAAGGCAAACUUGACUGUUAG